UCUGAGGUGCCCGAGCCACGGUCCGUCGCCGCCAGUGUGUGCCGCGCCUCGCCGCUGAUAACACGCUCCUUCUCCCUCCCGUGACCAGCACCCUUCAAGAUGGCCCACACGCGCUGCCUCUCGCUGCCGCUGGCACUCCUCCUGGCCGUCGGGGCCCUCUGCGUGGGGGCCAGGACGGUCUACCCGAGCGGGGGAUGCGACUCGCAGAAAAUGACUGUGUACAAAGUGCUUGUAGAGACGGCGUGGGACAGAGAAGUGUUCCCGAAGCAGUAUCCUGAAUGGCGACCCCCGGCGCAGUGGUCCAAAGUCGUGGGACGUUCCCACGACUCCACCUUCUCGCUGUUCACCCUGGGAGAGGACGCGUCGGAAGGCCUCAAGAAGUUCGCCGAAGGGAGAUUCGAACAUCUCGACGCCCAUAGCCAAGGAUCUGGGGGCGUCCUGGAUGAAUUCAACGCUCCUCCGAUCCCGCAGGGCGUUGGGGAGACGUCAUCUGACUUCCUCGUUGAUGGGAAUCACUCAAAGGUGUCUCUGAUCUCCCGCGUGGUGCCUUCUCCUGACUGGUUCAUCGGCGUGGAUUCCUUCGACCUCUGCGUGGAAGGGAAGUGGGUGGAGUCAGUCGUGCUUGAUCUGGAUCCCCUCGACGCCGGCACGGAAAACGGCUUUACUUUCACGUCGCCGAACUGGCCGACCAUCCCGCAGAAGCCCGUGAGCCGCAUUACUGCCCAGACGCCCGACCACCCUGCCAACUCCUUCUACUAUCCCGACCGCACGGGGCACCCGCCCAUCGCUACUGUUCGCAUCUUCAAGAUCAAGGAGUACGAGCUGGCGCGUGUGUACAACCCUUCCCUCGCCCGAUCCCCCGAGCGCCGCUACCGCACAGGGAGCAUUCCCACGACCCCAGAGCUCGAGGAGAACCGAGAUCAAGAAGUGAGUAACGAGAUCUUCCCAGCUACCGGCCUGGAGGUCCCCAAGCAUGCACUCAUCAACACCAUUGUUGACAAAUACAGGAAGAAGUUUAGAAAGAACAGGAAUGGCAGAAAAAUGGCAACUCGCCGAAGACGUGUACGCGGGCCUCGUGAUUGCCGUGUGAGCGAGUGGUCCGAGUGGUCCUCCUGCAGCAAGACCUGUGGCAUCGGCGACCAGGUGAGUGGGAAGAGAGAGGGAGAGGGGGAAGGAAGGGAGAGGGAGAAGGGGGAACCCUCAAUCACACAAUUAUAUACCAACAACUUACUCGCCACAGGAUCGCACCGAACUGUCCUGAGCACUCGAGACCGGAGGCCGACCUUCCCCAACCUCUAG